AUGACAGAACUUGGUAGACGACUAAAUGUAAGACAAGUUGUCAUAUCAACGGCAAUUACAUACUUUAAAAGAUUUUACGUAAAAAAUUCAUAUAGAAGUGUUGAACCAAUGUUGGUAUUGACAGCAUGUAUGUAUUUAGCGAGCAAAAUUGAAGAAUUUCCGCUUCAUAUCAAGACAGUUACUGCUGAAACAAGAGGACUUAAAAUGAAUAGGUUUACUUAUAAUAGUCAAGAAGUGGCAGAAAUGGAAUUUUAUUUAUUAGAAGAAUUGAAUUUUAAUAUGAUAGUCUUUCAUCCUUAUCGUUCACUUAUUCAAAUUUCAAAAGCUUUUGGAACCAAACAUGAAGAUGUUAAAAUGGCAUCUUAUAUAAUAAACGAUACAUAUAGAACAGAUUUAUGUUUAUCAUAUCCACCAUAUGUUAUUGCAUUAAAUGUUGAUAUGGAACAGGUUGUAGAGAUUGUACAAGAAUUAAUUGUAUUAUAUGAUUUUUGGAGUGAAUAUGAUGAAGACAAGUCAUAUUCUGAAAUUGAUGGCAUUUUGAAAAAAUUACUAAUUAAAUAA